ACAACAACAACCACCACUACAACAACCACGACAACCACCACUUGCUCGACAACAACACCAACGACAACAACCACCACGACAACAACCUCAACAACAAGCACUACAACAACGACAACAACCACCACUACAACAACGACUACAACCACCACUUGCUCGACAACAACACCUACGACAACAACCACAACAAGUACUACAACAACGACAACGACCACAACUACAACAACGACAACAACUACCACUUGCUCUACAACCACACCUACGACAACAACUACCACUACAACAACCACACCUACGACCACAACCACAACCACAACAACAAGCACUACAACAACGACAACAACCACCUCUACAACAACGACUACUACCACAACUUGCUCGACAACAACUCCUACGACGACAACCACAACCACCACCACAACAAGCACUACAACAACGACAACUACCACUACUACAACAACCACGACAACCACCACUUGCUCGACAACCACACCUACGACAACAACCACCACCACUACAACAACCACAACAACCACACCUACGACCACAACCACAACAACAAGCACUACAACAACGACAACAACCACCACUACAACAACGACUACUACCACCACUUGCUCGACAACAACACCUACGACGACAACCACCACUACAACAACGACCUCAACAACCACCACCACAACAACGACAACAACCACCACUACAACAACGACCACUACCACCACUUGCUCUACAACAACUCCUACGACGACAACCACAACCACCACCACAACUAGCACUACAACAACGACAACAACCACUACUACAACAACCACGACAACCACCACUUGCUCGACAACCACACCUACGACAACAACCACCACUACAACGACCACAACAACCACACCUACGACCACAACCACAACAACAAGCACUACAACAACGACAACAACCACUACUGCAACAACGACUACUACCACCACUUGCUCGACAACCACACCUACGACAACAACCACCACCACAACAACAAGCACUACAACAACGACAACAACCACGACCACAACAACCACGACUACCACCACUUGCUCGACAACAACAACUUCGACAACUACCACUACAACCACUUGCACGACAACAACAUCCACAACAACAACUUCGACAACCACCACCACAACCACUUGCACGACGACAACAACUACUGUAUGUGCGAGUGUAUCUGGCUCAAAGGUCAUCGCUUCGUCUCAGUCCAACCGUAAUCCCAUCCGUCGACCCAGCGUGAGACCUCUCUGGGAAGUGGCCGCUUAUCAGCAGUCGACUGGCACCAGUUCGCAGGUCCAAGGACUUCAAUUGUCCUGCGCCGGAAAGCCCGAUGGCUUCUUAAUGGCAUCUCCGACACGAUGCAACGACUAUUACAUCUGCCGCAACCAACGGGCUUUGAAGGUCAGCUGCGGUGACAGAUACUUCAAUGCACUCAAGGGCAUCUGUGAUCUACCCGAGAACACGAGCUGUGUUCAAUCUUAAAUGAGAACCAAACCGAAGACUAUAUCGAAACCCAAAACGCAACAAUGCUGAAAUUGGAAGGAAAACUUUUAAUGGAAAAUUAAUAUAUGUAAAACUGUAUAUUUCUAUAUAAAACAGCAACAGCUUACAAAAAGCUAAUGAAUUGUAAAAAGU